UUUCAGUUUCAUUCGGGUUUCAUUUCACUCAUCGUCUGAUCCUUUUUUCUGUAAUUUUUUUGCUACCCCUCAUUUCUUUGCUAUCAUCUCCAUCUCCCUGCAUAUACAUACAGAUUAUAUAUCUAUAUACACACACAUACACACAAAACUAAUCCUUAUUCUAUUAUCUUUUGCAAAUUUCGGAGUUUUCUAAGUCGAUGGACUCGAAUCUCUCAUAUCUCGGAAUAUGAUAUCAAAAUCAAACCCUAGCUCUUUUAUCAAAGGUUGAAUCCUAUUGGGUUUGUUAAAAAAAUCGCUUUUUGUUUAGGAUUUUGAAAUUUUCGUAUCCGAUCUUCAAUCGUUGGAAAUUUGAUCGGAAAAAAAGAGAUAAAAAUGCCGUCGCACGCGGAUGUAGAUAGGCAGAUAGAGCAGUUGAUGGAGUGCAAGGCGUUGACGGAAUUGGAGGUGAAAACUCUUUGCGAUCAAGCUAGGGCUAUACUUGUAGAGGAAUAUAAUGUGCAGCCGGUGAAGUGUCCGGUUACGGUUUGCGGUGAUAUUCAUGGUCAAUUUUACGAUCUAAUCGAGCUGUUUCGGAUAGGUGGAAGUACUCCUGAUACGAAUUAUCUCUUCAUGGGAGAUUACGUCGAUCGUGGGUAUUAUUCAGUGGAGACUGUCUCCCUUUUAGUGGCUCUUAAAGUUCGUUAUAGGGACAGACUUACAAUUCUUAGAGGAAAUCAUGAGAGCCGGCAGAUUACUCAAGUGUAUGGUUUCUACGAUGAAUGUUUGAGAAAGUAUGGGAAUGCAAAUGUUUGGAAAUAUUUCACUGACCUUUUUGAUUACCUUCCUCUUACAGCACUUAUUGAGAGCCAGAUCUUUUGCUUGCACGGAGGACUUUCACCAUCUCUGGACACACUAGACAACAUUCGAGCCUUGGACCGCAUACAGGAGGUCCCACAUGAAGGUCCGAUGUGUGAUCUGUUAUGGUCCGACCCAGAUGACCGGUGUGGGUGGGGAAUAUCUCCUCGUGGAGCCGGGUAUACAUUCGGACAAGAUAUCGCAAGCCAGUUUAACCAUACUAAUGGACUCACUCUCAUCUCAAGAGCUCACCAGCUCGUGAUGGAGGGUUACAAUUGGUGCCAGGAAAAGAAUGUGGUGACGGUAUUUAGCGCUCCAAACUACUGUUACCGAUGUGGAAACAUGGCUGCGAUUCUGGAAGUUGGGGAGAAGAUGGAACACAACUUUCUUCAAUUCGAUCCGGCCCCAAAGCAGAUCGAACCGGAUAGCACCCGCAAGACUCCAGAUUAUUUUUUAUAAAGAUGAUGAAUAAUGGAUAUUCAUUAUGAAUAGAGGGGUUUGUGAGUUCAAUAUUCUUGCCUGCUUGUAGAUGAAUGAAAUGAAGUUAGGGAAGAGCUAUACAUACAGAUUGUUGUAUGUAUUUGGAGAAUGGAGUUUAAACAAGUGAUGGAAGGAAGGAAGGAAAGAAAGAAGGAAGAAUUUAUGAUUUCAUAUAUUUUUGUAUAUGUUUUUUAUGCUGUUUUGGCAAGAAAAAUGCAGCCACCAAUAACAUGCUAUGCUUUGUUCUGUUUACCUUUCAUUCAACUCUUCUAUUUUCUUGAAAACUGGAAUUCU